UUGGUCGGUCCAGAGAGAUUCAGGAACGAUAGACAUCCAUCCGGCUCGGCCUCUGCUCCGAUCCUUGAACUCGCAGCAGGUCUUUAAAAGCCUUCAUCACUCCACCGUAAAUCCUGGCAAGGCAUUGGCACUUCCCACCCUCGUCCUAGCUGCCGCCUGCCCCUGGUACACAAUAUCGCGCCCGGCAAACCACACACAAUGCAAGGCGAACCCGCCCCUCUUCAGGCGACAUGGAGUGGGCAUGUCGCAACCACCAUGGACGCGCUGAUCCUGUUUGAGGCAUGUCUCCAAGGGAGGAUAAAUCACCUCUCCCGCCGGCCCUACGACCGAGAGCGCCUGGGGCUGAUCCAGAGCGGGAACGUCUUCAUCUACGAGGAGUACUCGUCCGGCAUCAAGCGCUGGACCGACGGCCGCCACUGGAGCCCGAGCCGCGUGCUGGGCAACUUCCUGGUCUACCGCGAGCUGCGGACAGCCUUCCUGCCCGGCAUGACGAGGAAAGUCAUGAGGCCGAGGAGGGCGCCCUACUCGGAGCGGAGAGGCUCCAGCGACGGCCAGACUGACGCGGAAUACGCCCUCAUCGGCCCGCUGGUCGACUCGUACCCCUUCAAACCCUGCGGCCUGGUCAAGAAGAUCAUCAGGGUCGUGCUGAACGGCGUCCCCCACCACCUCGUCGCCUACUACACCCUCGAGGACGUCGAGAGCGGCCGUCUAACGCGGCCAUCCUGGGACUCGACCUUCUGCAACAUCAUCCCGCGCCCGGAGCUCGUCUUUCAGGAGGGAUUCCGGGUCCCCGUUGACCAGGAGAAGGAUCUCAUGAGCGAGGGCUCAGAGUGGUAUUCCGAGUGCCUGCCCCUCGGCGCCGGCGACGGCGUGAUGCCGUCCAACGGCGGCGCUGGCAGCGGCGGCAGCAACAGCAUCGACAUGCUCUACGGCUCGUACGCCGACAGCGCGUACGCCGAGAGCGCCGCGUCCCGGCGCCCGUCGCUGGCGACCAUCUCCCUGGACUCCUCCAACAGCAGCAGCAACCACGGCCACGACCUCGGCGCCGCCGCCGACGGCUUCUACACGCACGGGUUCUACAAGAGCGAGAGCCACACCCCCCAGUUCGCGGGCAUGCACCACCACUCCUCCGUCACCAACAGCCCUGUCGGCGAUGGUGCACCGCCGCCACCGCCGUCAAAUUACUACCCGCUGGUUCUUCCCACCGGUGUCGAGCCACCACCCCCGCCGUCGUCCCUCGUCUCCUUCCCCUCCAGGCAAGGGGUGGUGGGCGGCGGCGGCCACCACCACCACCACCAGCAGCAUCACCACCACCAGAACCAGCACCAUCAGCACCCCCGCCACCACCAACACUACAGCACCGCGGACGAGAACCUCCUCGCCGCGCACGUCGCGGGCCAGCAGCAGCAGCACCACGGGUCGAUGCCCGCCUACGCGGCCGGGUACCCCAUCUGCGGCGGGCUCGGGGCGCCCAUCUACGGCGACAUCCAGUCGGCCCACGGCGGGCAGGUGUUUGAUCUUGCCUACUCUGUCACCGUCGGGUAGUCUCAGACACACCCUUUUUUUGUCUAUUCCUUCUAUAUCUUUUUUAUCUCAUUUCCCUUUCUUUUCAUUCCGGUUCAUUAUUUGACCCCCUCCCCUACCCUUCUUUCUCUCUCUCUCCCAAUCCCACACUCUGUACAUACACACCACACCCGCAUACGCGCUUCUUUCUUUUCUCUCUCUGCCUUUCUUUUCUGGGGAGGGGGGGUGUGCAAAUCCUGGGAAACGGCGCUUACUUCCUACCUCCUGGCGCGGAAUUGAUAGGUAGGGGAUGGGGGGGGACCAAA